GCGGCUUCCCCUCUCGAUGACGAGGGAGGAGACGAGUAGCGCGUGGCCCCAUGUCAGCCGGGUGGGGUCAUGUGCAGGAGCUGGGGGAUCGCCUUGGUGGCUCUCUGGGGGAAAUCGUCGCUCGGGCCGAUGCGGACAUGUCUCGAAGGAGCGACUUUCCUUGCAUCCCCUGCGUGUCGGUCAAGAUGAGCCCUACGAGAGGCGGCCUCGUCGCACCGAUGCCUGCCGCGAUAUAAUGCGUCGCCGCCGCUUUCUCAGCAGCUCAGCUCG